UUUGCAAAUUAACACAUAUUCCGGAAAAGUGAGGCAGAAGUAUGCCAAAUAAUUUAUUCCGGAUAAAUUGCAUUAAUGCUGCUAAUGAUAGUGUUUGACAUUUAAAAUGGACAUUAUCUGAUGAUUUUAUCCCAAUAGACUUCCCCGACGUUAUGCGUGAUGUCAAGUGUCAAAAUUGUUGGUGUACGAGGAAUGUUGACAGAACUCAUCAUGACCAGCGGUCGGCGCAACGCUGGGGCAUUGUUCAGCAUUAUGUUCUUAGCACAGUUUUAGUUGCUGGAAAUAGGCUAUAAAAUACUUUUAUUAUUCAACAAGCUGUAUUGUGUGAACUAGUGAGAGGUUAUUUCCUAAUUGAUAAUGAACACAUUAAAGAGUGCUACGCGAAAAUGCAGGUUAACUCUUUAUUUCCUAACAACGGCCGUUUGCAAUUAAUUUAAAUGGUAAAAAAUGAGUUACGGAUGAACACUGAAAGGCUAGUUCUGAAAGAUUGAAGAAACAGUUUACGUAUAAACUGCUGCAGAUUUUGUAAAUCUUGUUAUACGAUAGGUCCCGAAGACGGAGAGAAUUGUAAUUUACAGGCAACCAGACCAUGUGCACGUAUAAACUGUUCAGAAAAACAUGAAAUAUGGGACCAUAAACCACCCGUUUACAGAUGUUAAUUUAAAACUAGAGAAUUCAUACUGAGAACUGGAAAGCUUCGCCGUUGCAAAAUAAUUAUAUUCACUGUUACAAUAAUUCUUCACAGGUCUUUGAAAAUGUUGGCUUGAGAUAGAAAAUUAUAAAAUAAGAUGCUGUGAAAUAAACAAGUUAUACAUGCUACAUAAUCAGAUGGAACAUAUAAGACACGUCAAAGCAAAGAUUGGAUGUUGAGUGCAAUAAUUUACCCCGAUUUUGUUGAAGACAAUUUUGCAGUGGAAAGUACCCGUACAGUAGCAAACGGUGAUUCGGCUCUCUGAUCGCCUGGAUCGGCUGGAUCGCCUGUUUUUGUUACAUAUCAGUGGUUGUGUUGAUAUCCCCAUAGCGCGAAGAAGUCUCCACUUACAAAUGGGAGGAUACUUUUUCAAAAUGAUGUCUUUUCAAAAUCCAUGAUGCUGAAUAGAAUUGGAUCUACGCAGUCGUAAAUGAAUAGUUUAUAUUUCACUUAAUUUAUUUCAUAUAAUGCAUUAAAGCCGAGAGGAGUAGGUUUAAUAACAAAUUCAGUGUUUAAUGCGCAAAGGUAGUGAAGUCUACCAAUAAUUUGUGCAAAAAAUGAAUGGGGAAGGAACAAAGAAGUUUGUUUCUAAUAGGGACAAAUCCUCGGGGUCGUCAAAUCCUUGUUGGAGGGUAUGGGUGUGGCUUUUGUCGUGUUUGGUGUUAGUGAUUGUUUCCGUGGUGAUAUCAAUGAGUAUAUGGACAAUUGUGUCCAAUCAACGGACUAUGACGUUGUUACAUGAUCGACUAAGUGUUCUGGAAGGGGAAAUUGAGCAAAGUAAACAAAACAUUGAUAAAGUUGUCGAAGAAAAAGUUAACAUUGCAUUGGACAAGCGAUUAGAACAGCUACAUGAGGAGAAGGGACGACGGAAGACGGAGAGGAUUACCAGACAAGCGUGCUCCUGUCCACCAGGGCCUCAGGGACCGAAGGGCGACAAGGGUGAAACGGGUACAUCAACAAAAGGGGAAAGGGGCUACCCUGGCUUUCCGGGUCCAAUGGGUUUUGACGGUCAAAUGGGUAUGGUUGGUCCAAAGGGCUCCAAAGGAGACAUGGGAGACAAAGGGCAAAAAGGAACAAAAGGGGACGACGGUUUUCCGGGCUUCGACGGCGUGGGAGAAAAGUCGGGCUCUAAGAGGUCAAUAAGGCUGGAUAGUGACCGUAACAAGUAUGACCUGGUCAACCUGAAGGAUUCCAACUUUGAAGUUAUCACCAUCAAGGGUGAACCGGGGCAACCGGGCAAGCCUGGACCCCCAGGUCCUACUGGUCCCCAGGGCGAAACUGGACUUCCGGGUUUCGACGGGGUCCCCGGCGAAAUAGGGCCACAGGGACCACAGGGACCCGAAGGACCACAAGGGCCACCGGGUCGGGAUGGUCGCCCGGGAGAUUCGGGACCCGAAGGGGAAAUAGGUCUGCCAGGAUCUGAAGGGCCGCCGGGACCGACAGGACCAAUGGGAGAGAUCGGGCCGAAGGGCGUGCGAGGGAAACGGGGAAAGCGCGGUAAGAAGGGGAAAUGCAAGAAGCUUAAAGGACCCCAAGGCGACCCUGGUCCGAAGGGGCCUAAAGGAGAAUACGGUCCGCCAGGGCCUGAGGGUCCAAAAGGCAGUAUUGGAAAUACCGGAAACACGGGCAGUCCUGGGCCCACUGGGCCUCCUGGUAAACCUGGUCCAAAAGGAGCUGUUGGGCCAAUUGGGCCGAUGGGACUGGACGGACUUAUAGGGCCCCCAGGCCUUCCUGGACCACCGGGUGAGACUAUCGUACUGGAAGGGGGUAACGGGGACGGGGUGAGUGCUUUACCAGGACCUCCUGGCCCUCCAGGACCACCGGGUAAAACUGGUCUCCAAGGUGCGCCAGGAAUCAAGGGCGAGAGAGGACCAAUAGGCCCGAAAGGAGAGUCAGGAUUAAAAGGAAAUGAUGGCGAUUUCGGACCUAUGGGUCUUCCGGGUAUCGAAGGGGCGACCGGAAACCCUGGGCCUAUGGGUCCGGCUGGGGAACCCGGGCCCAUGGGUCCACCUGGUCCCUCCGGCCCAGGGUUGAUCGGUCCGGGGCUAGACGGUUCCUGCAAGUGUGAGAAAGGAGACAAGGGGGACCGAGGCAGAGAUGGCCGGAAAGGGAAACGUGGCCGCAAAGGCGAUAAAGGGGACAUUGGAGAAGCGGGUAUACCAGGGCUAGAUGCACCGUGUCCGUUAGGAAAAGAUGGUUUGCCAAUUCCAGGAUGUUAUUAUGAAAUCCCAGAUAAGGGAAUCCCCGGGUACGGGCCUGGGCUGAACGGUGAGAUGAGGAACCCUUAACAGACCGAUGUAUGCAUGCUUUCUGUACGUGCCGGCUUGAAUGACUGCGGUCGUAAACAUAAAGUCAUCCACCUUUUUAGCAUCAUCCUGUGUCACAUCAUCCACUUCGGACUUUCCAGAGUAAUUUCCAACGAUUGUGCUGAGGUGCAUCACCACUCUGAAUACAGUAGACAUCAUUGGCCUAACACUGGAAACUUACAUCGGAAAUCAAUUAGUUUUCAUAGCUUUCAAGUAAAGAAUGUUUCAAUGAUGGAAUUUUCUCUCUUUUACACAUUUCCAUGCUAUAAAUUGACUUUAUCCAUAACUUGAAUAAUGAAUGCCAUUUGUAUUUACUAAACAUCCUAUGUCGCAUACUGCAACAUACAUAUUUUAUAUAUCUUUAACACUCUACCAUCAUGACUAGAACACAUUAUGUUGGUUUAUGGUGUUGUAACAUGGAUUCAGUUAUCUUCAACUAUCAUCUUUGUACAUUUUAAUUCGUAUACUAGAUACAUGUAAGAUAUUGAACAUAGUAUAGGCUAGCCAUAGUCAUCCCUUAAACAUCGAUUGUUAUUUGUUUCUAUGUAAAUAAAGGUUUCUGUUCGAACAUAUAAAAAACGCAAAAACGACUGAAAUGGCUUACAUAACCUAUGUGUUAAAGUGAGGACUGAAUAUUUGUAUUUUCAAAUGUAUCGAAUGCCACAAUAUUAUCGUAAUUUAGUGAAAAGAUAAUUUACUUUCCAUUUUAGACGCAAUCUAUUGGUUCCUUUAAUUAUAUUACCUCAUUGGUUUUUUGCAUACCAUACAUAUAUAUAAACAAACUACAUACACUUUGUCAUAAUUAUAAACAAUUUGGUCGCAGCUUUUCAGUGAUUAUUUCAAUACAAAAAAAUUGUGUUUGGUUUUAAAUAAUUUAUAGAUGGUUUUUGCGAUCUAGGUACAAGUAAUGUAGUCAUCACUUCUCUAGCAAUGUUGUACAUAGCUUUGGGUCUGGUGACAAGACAUACUGUUUUACAUCUACUGUUUGAAAUAUAUUAGCACAUACUCGAAGACGCCAUCCUAAUUUUUGAAAUAUUUGAUGCACAAUAAUUAAUACCAUUCAACACCAAAUAAACCCGUAUAUUAGUGUACAUACUGAUAACAAACUACUUUACGAAAUCUGUAUAUAUUGGUAUUUAAAUAAAUAUGUACAAAGUCAAA